UGUGUGCUGUAUUUCUAUUCGUUGGUAUUUCCUCUUUCACAAUUUGUGAAUUUGCAGUCCUUUUUGGAAGGGAUUUAGGGAAAUUGGGGCUAUUUAUUGUCUCCUGGUUAUCCUCAAAUUUUCUCAAAUAUUCCCCCAAAUCCUCAAAAUAAUCCUGGGCUAUCUAUCGUUUCCUAAAAAAUGGGCAGCACAAAUUCCUUCUGGUAAAACUGCAAUUCCAGUUCAAAAAGAGAUUGACCUGUUUUAAACAAAAGGAUGCAAUCUUUUAAAAAUUGAACAUGAAAAAAAGUUUAUUUUACUUCCGCUUGUUUAAAAGUUUAUCUUGAAUCACUCGCCAAACAGAAAUUUUUUCUUUGAAAUCUAGAGGUACAAUUAUCAAAAUAUAAGAAGUCCAAUUGUUGCAUGUCCGCUACCGCCUUGAUUAAAGCAUUAAUAUGCCCAAAGUUUUAUUUUACCCAAGCUUAUCAAGGAAAGUGACAUAAAAUGACAUUAUCAAUGAAAUCGUGCUGACUUCGUAUUUGUUAUUUCAAGAAAUUGUAAGGGUAAAGUGAUAAAACAUCAUUUUGAUUAAUAAAAAAACUGUUAUUUGUGAUUUCAAACUAAAAUGAAAGGUGCUACUCUGCCGACUUCGUUCGAAUCAUGUCGCUUUAUCAGUCUGUCGGCUCUCCUACCAUUCAUUCUUGUAUUUCAAGUCGCGCAUUCGGCUUCCGAGUUGAUGUACGAGUCGCCUCUUGUCAUUCAGCUUAUGAAAAAUGCGUCUAAAUAUGUUCGCCCAGUAAAAAAUCAGAAUAUGCCGACUAAUGUUACCUUCAGACUUAAUCUAUACCAGAUUUUGGGCGCAGAUACAGUUAACCAGAACAUUCACCUGCACUUCUGGGCUGAGAUGCUGUGGAUUAAUGACUUUAUCCAGUGGAACCCAGAUGAAUACGAGCAAAUUACCCGACUGGACUUCGAGCAGAAGUUCAUGUGGGUGCCAGACAUCAUGUUUUUCAAUCAGCUAUCCGGUCUGCACUUCAACGAGCACUUCCCGGCGCCUCCUGCCAUCUUCAGCAACGGAAUGAUUCUGGUUUUGAAACCAUUCAGGGUGGAACUACAAUGCAAACUAAAAGUGCUCCACUUCCCUUUUGACCGACAGGAGUGUGCAUUCGAUGUUGGCUCCUGGGCACACCCUAUGGACGAGAUUGACAUCCAGCCCAGUAUGACCAGGGGAGACCCAGAGACGGGGGAGGGGGCAGUGGUGAAUGCAGCCGACCUCUCCUUCUUCACUAACAGUUCACUCUUCACCCUCGCAGAGUUCUCAGUGGAGAAGUUCUACUACAGCGACCCCGAACUAGACAACCGCACUUUCAGCAGUCUUCGCUACACUGUUAGGUUCUACAGAGUGGCCGCCUACUUCGUGAUCAAUCUCAUCAUGCCUAGCUUGAUGAUCAACGUGCUCUGUAUGCUCAACUUCGCCAUACCCUGCUCCUCGGGUGAAAAAGUGGGCUAUGGCAUCACUGUGUUUCUCGCCCAGAGUGUCAAUCUGAUGGUGGUGAUGGAGAUGAUGCCUCAGGGAGGGAUGUCCAUUUUAGGAAUAUUCCUCGCUGUCUCCAUUCUUCUCAUAGGUUUGUCUCUUCUGAUGAAUGUGAUCACGUUACGAAUCUAUUCACCAUCUCACACUAAGGAACGCCCUUGGCCACGCCUUCGCUCUAUCUGCAACAAACUAAAAGUGCUCGUCGGGCCGAAUGACCCGCUACCCGACAUAGUAUUAGCUAGACGACAAAUGACUUUCGUCUCAAACAGCCUAAAAGAAUCUGAUUUCGACCCUGGUAAUUACAGCGACGAUGAUGACGAUUCGACGGCUAUGUUUAAAUCUCAAGUUUCAACGGAUGUGAAAAUCGCGAAAAAUUCAGCGCCAACCAUACCGAAUGGACGUACAAACUCGCAUAAAACGAGCGAGUUUUUGUACCCCGACUCGAUUUAUUUCUCUAGCAACAACGGGCGAAGCAGUACAACUAACGUACCUCAUUAUGAGCAAAUUCCGGGUUCUUUUACAACUCAAAAAAGUUUAAACCACGUUUUAUCUCCGCGAUUGACUAAAAAGAGUCUAAGCACGAGUGCGAAACGAAAACGAAAACAGUCUGUGGCUAGUCCGAACUUUCGGCUAGUAAACCGCCGGCUGGAACCGGCAGAUACUUCAGCUAAUGUUAUGAGAACCCAGCAACUUGACGAUGACGACGACGAAGACGAAGAGAGAGACUACACUUUAGAAUGGCAGCAACAUGCCGAAAUUAUAAACAGAUUUAACGCUUUAAUCUUUUCACUGUUGCUCAUUUUGAAUGGCAUUCUGUACGCGCUUUUCCAUUCACCAGAAGCAGAUUUAGUGUCAGAUUAAAACUCAAAACAUAACUCCAAU